GUGUCGUCUCUGCCCCUGCUGCCUGGCGCCCCUGCCCUUUCCGUCGGCCCCUUGGGGAGCUCUCUGCGGGUUUCCCUCUGGCUGCCCAGGGCCCUCUCAUGUCCUGCUGAUCAUGGGAAAGAUGGAGACCCUCCGAGACAAGACCCUGGAGGAGCUGGAGGAGAUGCAGAACGACCCGGAGGCCAUUGACCGGCUGGCCCAGGAGUCCCCUGAGGUCCAGGACCUGCAGCUGGAACGGGAGAUGGCACUGGCCACCAACCGCAGCCUGGCUGAGCGGAACCUGGAGUUCCAAGGUCCCCUGGAGAUCAGCCGCUCAAACCUCUCAGACAAGUACCAGGAGCUCCGGAAGCUGGUAGAGCGGUGCCAGGAGCAGAAGGCGAAGCUGGAGAAAUUCUCUUCAGCACUGCAGCCAGGGGCCUUGCUGGACCUUCUGCAGGUCGAAGGCAUGAAAAUUGAGGAAGAGUCUGAGGCCAUGGCAGAGAAGUUCCUGGAGGGCGAGGUGCCCUUGGAAACGUUUCUGGAGAACUUUGCCGCCAUGAGGACGCUGUCGCAUCUGCGCCGGGUCCGCGUGGAGAAACUCCAGGAUGUGGUGAAGAAGCCCAGAGCUUCCCAGGAGCCGGCAGGCGAUGCCCCUGUUGUCCGCCCGCCUCUCCCAUCUCGCCCUGUCCCCCAGGCGACGCCCCCGGUGGCCGAAGAGCAGCCAGCCCGGCCACCGCCGCCCGCAGGAGUGCCUCCCUACCCUCUGCCUUACAGCCCAUCCCCAGGCCUGCCCCUGGGCCCCACCGCCCAAGGCGCGCUCCAGCCGGCACCCUUUCCAGCCCUGUCCCAGCCCUCCUAUUCCUACAGUGGGCCCCCCUACCCGUCAGCCCAGCUGGGACCCAGGGCUGCGGGGGGCUACUCCUGGUCCCCACAGAGGAGCACGCCGCCCCGGCCUGGCUACCCCGUGCCCCACUCUGGUGCCUCGGGUCCUGGGUACCCCCCGGCCGGGGGCCGGACCCCCAGCCCUGGUUAUCCUCAGCAGCCUUCCUACCUCCCGGCGCGAGGAAAGCCUCCCUACCCAACGCAGCCCCAGCUCCCCAGCUUCCCAGGCCAGCCCCAGCCCGCAGGCCCCCCUCAGCCUCCCUACCCCACUGGGCCUGCCCCUCCCUAUGGGUUCCCACCGCCCCAGGGUCCUGCCUGGCCUGGGUAUUAGGGCCCUGGCCCUUCGCCCUCCCCUCCUUCCACCUGCACCACAACCUUUGGCCCACCCACUGCUGAGAUUCGAGGUGAAAUUGGAAGUGGAAUUGGCAAUCUCCAGGACUUGGGGGACCUGGCUGGGAGCCUGCAGGCCCCAGAAAGGCACCAGGCAGUCGUAGCAUUUACUGGCCUCCCAGGGAGGGAGCGCCUCCUUCAUGACUGGCACUGGCCUGUCUGGUGCUAGCCAGGCUGGGGCUCAGCACCUCUCCGCGGGUAUCUGGGUGACAUCUGCUGUGUCUGCACGCCCGGACAUCCGAACCCCGGGCAGACCUGUCUCGGUGGUGGGCGGCUGGUCUCUGGCCCCUGCUCACCCUCCUCCCCUGAUUUGACAUAUUCAGUGUGGUGCCCACACCAAGGGGUGCAGCUCUGUGUCUCUGGCCCCUUCAAGGGUGGCCUGCCCCAGGCACCAUGGCCAGGGUGGGAGAGAACAAUUAGGAAAACACUUGGUGGUUUUUAAGCCACAUAAAGCCAUAACUGAACUCUGACGGGCUGGUGUCAGGCACACUUGUCCUGUGUGCUGGUUUGAGUGACAGCAGCAGAGCCAGCGCGGUGAGAAGACAGGAUUGUGAAGGUGGACCCCAGGUCUUGCUGACGCUGGCAGGAAAAUCCAGGGGUCACCUUGGGCCCUCUGGCUGGACAGGGGGGAGCAGCUCUGGCCCAGAUCGUGGUCACACUGGGGCUCACUGGAGUGGAGGGCCAGGUCACCUCCCCCGCCACCCUCUUCUCUGGGCCCCGAUCCCGGCUGACUUCUUUCAGGGCCCACCCCUUCCGUCCACUCCUUUAGUGCCUUGAAUCUCAUUUGCAGGAGCCCCUCCCUUGUUGCCUUCCUCUGGCUCCCUCAUGUCACUCUCCCCCACCCCAAUGUCCCCCCGAAGACAGACAUCAAAAGAUGCCCUAACAGUAACCUCCCAAAUGGUGCUUUCUGAACAGCAGCACAGUCGGAGUCCGUUUCUUUGCACCUCUCGUCUCCAGAAUGUAAGGGGCAAGGAUUGCGACUCGGCCACGUGCGGCCCCAGCACUGGGGGUUUAAGCAUGUUCGGGAAUAAAGACAGUAGACCACGGGGUGUGAUGGGCGAAGCAUGGACUUGGUGUUCAGGUGUCAACCGCGUCUCGAGGGCAGACCCUGGAGCUGCUAUCGGCAGGACGUCGAAUGUGCCUUGAAAUGUCCACUGCAUGAGACCCGGGUCUGGGGCGCUGGGGCCCGAGGAAAUGACCUCUGCUGCCUGCGUGCCAUCGGUGGGCACGCGGCUGAGACGCUCGAUGCGCUCUGUCGGGCCCCUGCGGAUACUGCUCGCUUCUCCCGUUAUUUAUAGAGAUUGCUGUGGACCCUCGUGGCUCGAGUGCUGCGGCACUGGCCGAUGGCCGCGAUGUUGUACGCGUAGUUGCCACAAUAAACCCAGGACU